AUGUGUCAGGAAUUACGCAGCAAGACAAUUUAUUGGCGGAUAGAUGCAAAUGGAACGAAAGAGGCGCAGUACAGUUUCGGCGGGGGAGAUCCCUUUACGAAGACCUCCAGCGUGGUUAAGCGAGCUGUUGUAUCCCAUCAUGACGUGUCAAAGCCCACCAAGGCCUAUUUCACGGGGGCAGACGUCACAUUUACCUUGAGCAGCGGGGAGACGAAACGUGAGACCCUGAGGAAGAUGGAGCGGCUCUGGCGACGAGGAUCCAAGACGGACCAGGCAUACUCAAGCAUGUGA